AGCUUUGCCAAGAGUUCACACCCACCUACCGCUCUAUAUUUUACGUUUUCCUGCGUUGCUGUAUCGUCUGGCUUCUAGCGUUACUAGCUGCUCGGCGUUCACAAGAAGCGAGAGAGGAGAAACAGGAAAGAAAGCUUUCCUCUCGAGGAGGAAUCGCAGAUAUUUGCAACGAGACAGCGCCCGGAAGGGGAGGAAGGAGGAAGUCUCAGAGCGAAGGAGGGAGGUCUGGCUUGCUGCUCUGGUGUUGGUUCUUGCGAUUUUCGUGUUAGAAGCUGGCGUGUUUUUUAUUUCAUCGGUGAGUUUGUGCCCCCCACUUUUUCUCUGUUGUUGUUCUCAUUAGGUGUUUUUCUUUUCACUCUGCGGAACGUAACCGUCGUUAAGGAAUUUAGUAACUUCAUUUUUUUCUUUUCGUGUGUGUGUGUAUUUACAGUUGUGUGUGUGUGUGUUGUGUAUCGCUCAACUACUUCUCAGAUUGAAGCGACAAGGGAAACGAGCGGGUGAGCCGUGGGAAAGCCCAUUGUGGGGGUUUACAUUGUGCUGGCUCUGUGUAGACGUACGCUUCUGUUUUCUUUAAAAAUCUAAAUCUUCUCGUGGGCUGUUGCUGUCAUUCAGUGUUUGUGAAAACUGUCUAUAUAUUUAUACUUUCAGGAACAUAUUUUCUGUUUCACCAUGUCCACAAUUGUGCUGCACAAUCUCCCAGUUGGGUGCAUGGAGUCCGACAUCCACCGCGCCUUGCUGAUCUACGGCACGGCGGUGAACAUCGAAAUGGACGCGCGCAACUCGCAGGCGGUGGUCACGAUGCGCACGCAACAGGAAGCCCAGGCGCUGCUGAACCGCCACUCCGUGAACGUGAGCGGGACAUCGGUGCGGGUGGACACGCAGCAGUCGCAGCCCCCGCCGCCACCGCCCCAAUCGAUGGGAGCUGGCCGGUAUCCAUACCCCUAUCCCCCGUCAGGCGCCAUGUACCCCGGUAUGGUCCCUUCGUCCUCCGCACCGCCAACGCAGUCGUACUACCCACCAAACACGGCAGGCGGCUACCACAACGCCCCCGCGAACACGCCGACUGGCAACGGGAGCGCCAUCAUGCCGGCGCCACCGCAGACCACGCGGCGACUGAAGGUCGUGGUGGAGGACUGCCGCUACCCCAUCACACGCGAGGUGCUCGUACGCAUGUUCAGCAUGAUCGCCCCACCCGUGUCGGUCUCCUGCGGCCCCUACGGACCGACCACAACUGGGAUGGUCGAGUUUGCGGAGGUGGCGGCGGCGCAGCAGGCGGUGGAACAGUUCCACGGCAAGGCCAUCUACCCGGAGUGCUGCUACGUGAGGCUGAUGUACGCGCCCAUGUGGGAGGUGCCGCCGGCAUCGGGACCAGGGGUGAACCGCACCCCGCCGGCUAUGGAUACCGCCGGCUACCCUUAUGCGGGCCCGGGGGGCAACCCGAUGUCUUACAAUACCCCCCCACCACCACCGAAUGCGGACAUCGACGCCCGCUACCCGGCCUGGGACCCGCGCGACCACGACGGCGCCGGCAGCAGCGGCUACGAUGAGCGGUACUACGGUGGUAGCCGGGGCUACGGAAGAGGUGAUGACACGCGCUUCGCCGCUUCGGCCGCACGAGGGAGAGGUCGGGGCUUCCCGUAUAACGACGACGAUGAAAGGCGGGACUACGUCGGCCGUGGACGUGGCAGAGGCGGCGAGGGCCCCCACAGUGGACUGCUCGUUCGUGGCGGAGGCGGUGCGGUGCGAGGCAGAGGCGCUCCACUGGGCUUCAGCCCCUACAGCGUCCCUCCACUACCCGCACAUCGUCCUCUGCCAGCGCGGGGUGGUGCGGCGGACGAAUCGGCCGGGCUUGGCAUGGGCGGCCGGCCUCCGGUGGCUCCUACGACCGACUGCGCUGUCCUCGUGUCAGGCGUGGCCGAGUCGGUGCCGCUCUACGACUUGUGGGUGCUGCUGGAGGUGUACGGCAACGUAAAGUCACUCAAGCGGCAGCACACGGACCGCACGCAGGUGGUGGCGCAGUUCCAGCACGCCACCGAUACGGUGCUGGCGGUGCAGUACCUCCACGGCUGCCCCUUCCGCGGCUCCAAACUGCGCGUGAAGCGCUUCCUCGGCUACCAGGAGCGCGAAACGGAGUGGAACCUGGGGCGGGCUACGGACCCCUCGACCACCGCAGUGCUGUUUGAAAAGGAAUACCACCACCGCGUCUCCCCGCACACACCCCGCAACCCGCGCAGCGCGAUGUACCCCGACAAAAACCUGUUCUUCAGCAACUUGACAGACUCCAUGACGGAGGCGGAGUUGGAAGAGCUGUGGGGGCGGGCGGGCUUUGAACCGGUCUCGUCGUACCGACGUGGGCCGAAGACGGCGAUCGUGAGCUUUAAGAACAUCGAGACGGCCGUGGACGUGUUGGUUGCGCUGCACCUGCAGGAGUUCAAGGGCCACACGCUGUACGUGACCUUCUCUCGCUUCCCGCCGGGACCGCGCCAACCCACGUUAGAGCACGAUGACGCGCACGGUGACGCGCAGGAUGAGGAGAAGGAUGAGGAUGAGAAUCAAGGAGAGGAUCCGUCGGAGGCUCCACCGGCCGAUGAACCCGUGCCAGUGGAGGUAACGGAUGAGGUAGAUGAGGAUGGUAGUGUCGAUGGUGGUGCGGAGGAGACGAAAGCAGCUCCAAAAGCCGGUAAACACAAGGGACGGCCCGCUAAGAAGUAA